AUCUUUGGUUUAGGUUAUGAUCGCGAACAUCGUGUUGUGAUUGUUUAAAAAAUUAUGUGAAAUUUACAGCAUAAUGUUGUAAAAAUGAGUUAAAAUCAGUGCUUAAAUUAGAAGCUAAUUUAAUUGAUCAUCAAACGAGAGUAUUUUUAAAACCGAUUCUUGAAGCAUAUCUGAAUCAAGAAUUAUUCCCGCAGGCUAGAGUGGCAUUGUGAAUCUUGAGUGAAAUUUAGAAUAAAUUUUAGCCGCUGUCAAAGAUGCCGACAGAUUCAUCUACAGAGAGAAGUGAAUGCUCUAGUGAACAAGAACCAUCCCUUGAAUCCAGUGAUUCCAGUGAAUCCAGCGAAACCAGUGAAACCAGUGAACCCUUAAGUUUGUUGCAACCAGAACUUAAGAAAAAAAUUCUAUGUGUGGGAUUAUGUCGUACAGACAUUAUUCAAAUAUGCCGAGAAUUUCCUGACGAAUAUUCCGAACUCGAGUGUACUGAUUGUAGGUGGCAAAGAGGAGGCAACGCUUCGAACACUUGUACAGUCCUUGCUCAAUUCGAUGUUCAAGUUGAGUUUCUAGGCACUCUUUCUGGCGAAGAGCCAAGAUUACACAACCUUAUAGGUGAUAUGGAGGAACACCACAUUGAGCAUUCACACUGCCGGACUAUACCCAAUACUAAAAGUCCCAUUUCUUCAAUUUUAGUCAAUAAAAGCAACCACUCUCGUACAGUCUGGAACUACAAUCCGAAUCUACCUGAACUGACUAUCAACGAAUUCAAUCGACUCAAUUUAAAUGAUUAUAGCUGGAUCCACUUUGAGGGUCGAAACGUGAAUAACGUUGUGCAAAUGAUGAAAGCAAUACACGAUCACAAUACGGCGAUGAGAAGAGACGAAGAUAGAGUAGUCAAUAAUCCCAUAGUUGUUAGUCUCGAAGUCUAUAAAGAAAUAUCAGGAAUCUGCCAAUUGCUGCCAUUUGCCGAUGUAGUUUUUAUUGGAGAAAAGUUUAUGGAUUCCGAGGAGUCUAGAAAUAUGACCAAGACUUUGGAUUACAUCAAUAAAGUUGACGUGAAACCUGGAGCCAUACUGAUCUGUGCUUUUGAUGAGAGGGGAGCUCUGGGCCGUGCCCCAAACGGUGAAUAUUUACAGUGUCCAGCCCAACCACCCAGGCCAAUUGUAGAUAUUUUUGGUGUCAGUGACACUUUCAACGCGGCCAUGAUUUAUUUCCUUUAUCAGGAGAAUAUUUCCUACCGAGAUAUGUGGGACGAUCCGGAAGAUGAGGAGCAGAUAAAUGUAGAUAAGCAAUGUCCGCUGGAAUUUAUUGACCCAGGUAUUCUCUAUCAAGCUCUCGUUUUUGCUUGUCGUUUGUCUGGGGCGAAAAUGGGAUUCAAAGGAUUUAGGCAGUUGAGGGACCUGUACGAGGGAUUUGCUGUCCAUCGAGAAAUAAGAUUGUGAUAAUUUUUCAGCUUCGAGGCUAUGAAGGUGAAUUAUUCUAAGAGUCUUAUAAAAAGAAAUUAAGAAUUUAUGGGUGUUUCUUUUCUUUUUUUCUUUUUUUUUCUUUUUUUUUUUUGAGAUGAGUUUAUAGUUUCUUUUUAUAAACUCGAGGAUAAAAGCAUAAAUUAAUUUGCUAAGUACUGAUGAGAUCAAAGAAUUUAGAUAGUAUUAUCGAGAUAGGAAGUUUAGUUUUAUGUAUUGAUUUAAAGACGUUUUUAAAUCGUGACGACAUUAUUUUCGUAAAUUUUAUUUAAUUUGGACACAGCGCUUUUGUGAACUUUUCUAAGUUGUAGAGUUGUAGAUUGCAAUAUAUAUUUUUUUACAAACAACUCUCGUGCCUUCGUUUCAGAUGAUUUCCGAGUGUGCAAACUAUACGUAAUUUUAUAUUCGCAGCAAAUGCCGAACAGUAGUGUGUACAUAAUCCGACUUGCAAGUCAAAUUGCUGUUUGUAGAAAUGAAAUCUGAAUACUGUGUAUUCUAGUUGUAAUCAGGCCAUUGUGAACGUCCUAGAGAGAGAGAGAGAAAAAAAAAUAACCGAGAUUUUUGAAAACAAAAAAGAAAAUUGGGGAAAAUGGAGAAGAAAAAUAUGUGUUUUUAGGAUCGUUCCAAGUAUUUUAAUGACGUAAAGUUAAGAUGAAAUUAGGCGAAAUAUGCGAAUACUUCACACCGACCUCUCAAAUGUAGGAUUAAUAAAUAUGUCUUCAGUGAUUUGAAAAA